CUGUCUAGUUCAUCCAGCUAAACAUUUUCAUUUUUUUACACUUCAUUUUCCAGUUCUUUUAGAGUUGUGUGUAGUUGAUUGGAGUUUGCGCUGACAGCUUUUCAAGAAUAUCAUAGUCAUCUUCGGUUGCAGUGUUGAAAGGUGGUUUUUGGUUGCGCCUGGCAUAGUUUUGUGAAGAAACGCAAUCCAAAAAUGGCAGGAACUUUGGAAGACAGAGAAAUCUGGAAUGAGUCCGAGGCAACACUUGGCGAAGAGGUUUUAAGAAUGCCUACUGAAGAGCUCAUGAGCCGUAUCCAUUUAAUGGACAAUGAGAUCAAAAUUAUGAAGAGCGAAGUAGUGCGUAUUAAUCACGAACUGCAAAAUCAAAAUGAAAAGAUUAAGGAUAACACAGAAAAAAUUAAAGUGAAUAAAACACUCCCAUACUUAGUUUCGAACGUUAUUGAAUUACUCGAUGUCGAUCCUCAGGAAGAGGAAGACGAUGGUGCGGUUGUUGUGCUCGACUCACAGCGGAAGGGCAAGUGUGCUGUUAUUAAAACGUCUACCCGGCAGACAUAUUUCCUGCCAGUUAUUGGUCUUGUUGACGCCGACAAACUGAAGCCCGGAGAUCUUGUAGGCGUUAAUAAGGACUCGUAUUUAAUACUGGAAAUGUUACCGGCUGAGUACGAUGCACGCGUUAAAGCAAUGGAGGUGGAUGAAAGACCGACGGAGCAAUAUUCCGAUAUUGGUGGACUCGAUAAACAGAUACAGGAGUUGAUCGAGGCUGUCGUUUUACCGAUGACACACAAGGAAAAAUUUAAGAGUCUGGGCAUCCAUCCGCCUAAAGGUGUACUGCUUUACGGGCCUCCUGGGACUGGCAAAACGUUACUUGCCAGAGCAUGUGCCGCUCAAACCAAAUCCACCUUUCUCAAGUUGGCGGGGCCCCAGCUCGUUCAGAUGUUCAUCGGAGAUGGUGCAAAACUCGUGCGUGAUGCGUUUGCCUUAGCGAAGGAGAAAUGCCCCGCAAUUAUUUUUAUCGAUGAGCUCGACGCUAUUGGGACGAAACGUUUCGAUUCGGAAAAGGCAGGCGACCGUGAGGUGCAACGUACAAUGCUUGAGUUGCUCAAUCAGCUGGAUGGUUUCAGUUCGACGGCGGAUAUCAAAGUAAUUGCGGCAACCAAUCGAGUCGAUAUUUUGGAUCCAGCACUCUUGCGCUCCGGACGGUUGGAUAGAAAAAUAGAAUUUCCUCAUCCAAACGAAGAGGCAAGAGCACGUAUUAUGCAGAUCCAUUCCCGUAAAAUGAAUGUAAGCCCAGAUGUCAAUUUCGAAGAACUGGCUCGUUCGACAGAUGAUUUUAAUGGGGCACAGUGCAAAGCUGUGUGCGUCGAGGCAGGUAUGAUCGCUUUGCGUCGCUCCGCUAUAUCCGUCACUCACGAAGACUUCAUGGAUGCAAUUAUGGAGGUGCAGUCAAAAAAAAAGGCAAAUUUAAAUUAUUUUGCUUGAGCCAGUCGCAGAAUACUACUAGAGCGUAGAACGGCGUCUCGAUGCUCAUAUAUUGAAUAUUGUAAAUCGAAAAUUAAACAAUAAAUAACAAAAUAUACUUGCGAUGUCUCUGUACUCUGUAAUAAUAAGAAAUAUACAUUGUUAUUAUCGGCUUAGAAUCGCAAGCGUUUUUUUGAUGACGUAAGCAUAUUACGCUGGAUUCUUCUUAAUAUCUCUAAAACCUACCAAAGGAUCUAGAUCAUCUAUGGAAAGCUCUUAACCUCUUUUCUAUCCUUCGUAGCCUUCAUCUUGACUCAUGAGCAGAGUGUUUCUUUAUUGCCUUUUCUAGCUGGAUUGUUUUGCCGAAGACUUACCUCCUGAUAAAAUUCAU